CAAUUUAAAUCAGAGUUUCGAAGACGCACAAGUGAUCUAAAGAAGCAAGAUGUCAAAAAUCGCAACCGUUUGUCUUUUGGCUGUUUUCGUGGUAGUCGUAUCGUCUGUACCACAGAAUGGAAAAUACACCAUCAAGUACGACAAUGUCGACUUGGAUCAAAUCCUCAGCAACCAAAGGCUACUCGAAAAUUACUACAACUGCCUUAUGGACAAAGGAAAGUGUACUCCCGAUGGACAAGAACUGAAAAAAAAUCUUCCUGAUGCCUUGAACACCAAGUGCUCCAAAUGUAGCGAAAAACAAAAGGAAGGAACCCACAAAGUUGUUGAAUAUUUGAUCAAGAACAAAAACGAUUGGUGGAAGAAUUUGGAAAGUAAAUACGAUCCCAGUGGCAACUACCGAAGAGACUAUGGACCUGAACUAGCCCAAAGAGGCAUCAAAAUCUAAACGUUCCUAUGAAAAAGUUGUUACCUACUAAUAAUGUAUUGUCAAAAAAGUCAUGUUUAUUGUUUCAUUGGUAAACUUAAUUGAAAUUGUGCAAUAAAGCUUUUUAAAGAUUGAUAAAAAUA